AUGCCAAAAAUCAUCCGGUGGGAUCAAAGGUCGAAGGGUGCAGGAUCAUCAGGGGGACAACAAAACAAUGGCAUAUUCUACUAUCCGCAGCUAACACACACGAACUACAUCAGUUGGGUGAUUCAUGUACAGGCUAUGAUGGAGGACCAAGGAGUAUGGGAGGUAGUCGAGUCAGUAGAAGGCACAGAGAUUGAUGUCCGACUUGAUAAGAAGGCGAGGUCACAUCUUCUACAAGAGCUUCCGGAGGAUCUUCUAAUGCAGGUGGCAAAUAAGAAGACGACGAAGGAAGAGUGGGAUUGUCUCAAGACGAGGUUCGUCGGCGCAGACCGAGUGAAGAAUGCACGAUUGCAGACAUUGAAGAGUGAGUUUGAUAGGAUGCAUAUGAACGACAAUGAGUCGCUCAAUCAAUAUGUUGGUCGACUCACAUCCAUAUCAGUCAGGUACUCAAGCCUUGGAGAAACACUAAAUGAUAUUGUGAUAGUAAAGAAGCUCUUCGACACCGAGCCAGAAUGGUUUAAGAGAUUGGUAGCCGGCCUCGAACAAUUUUACAACCUCGAGACGUUAACAUUUGAGAAAUCUGUUGGAAGGCAGAAGGUCUUCGAGGAGCGUACGCGUAAGAAAAACACAAACUUUGGAGGAAACGAAGGACAAGUGCUACUCACUCAGGAGGAGUGGAAGGCACGUUUGAAAAAGGACAAGGAAGACUCGUUGAACCAGUGGAAAAAGGAUUCCACAGAUAGUGGGACCCGUGGUCAAGGAGGUAGAACCCGAGGUAGAGGCCAAGGGAGAGGAGGCCGAGGAGCACCAUCUUGGAAAGACAAAGAAGGUGGUUUAGGUGGUCGAGGAGCUCCUCGAGACAAGAGUCACAUUCGUUGUUUUAAUUGUAACGAGAUGGGACAUUACUCAACACAAUGUCGAGCAAAGAAGAACGAGGUAGCACACCUUACCCACGUAGACAACGUCGAACCAGCAUUGCUUAUGGAAAUCUCGGCUGAGAUUCCGCCAAUCAAUGUUUUCAUGCUGAAUGAAAUGAAGCUGACCCCAGAAAUUCUAAAAGCUAAGAACGAUGAGAUAUCAAGAGAUGCUUGGUUCUUGGACAAUGGCGCUUGCAAUCACAUGACUGGCGAUAAAGAGAAGUUCUUUGAACUAGACGAGGCAGUCACUCGAAAGGUGAAGUUCAGAGAUGGUUCCACGAUACAAAUUUAUGGUAAAGGUUCUAUCAUGUUCGAAUGCAAAAAUGGGACCAGUGGCUUCUCGAGGGAAUUUUUUUCAUUUUGUUAG